ACCUAGGUUUCUCCGGGGUGACGCUCUUCUCCCCCGCGAGGCAAGAUGCUCAAGUCCAAGACGUUCCUAAAGAAGACCCGCGCGGGCGGCGUGAUGAAGAUCGUGCGCGAGCACUACCUGCGGGACGACAUCGGCUGCGGCGUCCCGGGGUGCGCGGCUUGCGGCGCGGCGCACGAGGGGCCGGUGCUAGAGCCGCGGCCCCAGGAGCCGGCCAGCAGCCUCUGCCCGCAGCCGCACUACCUGCUGCCCGACACCAACGUGCUGCUGCACCAGAUUGAUGUUCUGGAGGACCCGGCCAUCCGCAACGUGAUCGUGCUGCAGACCGUCCUGCAAGAAGUGAGGAACCGGAGUGCCCCGGUGUAUAAGCGAAUCCGAGACGUGACCGGCAACCAAGAGAAGCACUUCUAUACCUUUACGAACGAGCACCACAGAGAAACCUACGUAGAACAAGAGCAGGGAGAGAAUGCAAAUGACAGGAAUGACAGAGCAAUUCGAGUGGCAGCAAAAUGGUACAACGAACACUUAAAGAAAUUGUCAGCCGACAAUCAGCUGCAAGUUAUCUUCAUAACCAAUGACAGGAAGAACAAAGAGAAAGCUAUAGAGGAAGGGAUUCCAGCUUUCACUUGUGAAGAAUAUAUAAAAAGCUUAACUGCUAACCCUGAACUUGUAGACCGUCUUGCUUGUCUGUCUGAUGAAGGGAAUGAAAUAGAAAGUGGGAAAAUAAUAUUUUCUGAGCAUCUUCCCUUAAGUAAGUUACAACAAGGUAUAAAAUCCGGGCUAUACCUCCAAGGAACAUUUAGAGCCAGCAGGGAAAAUUACUUAGAAGCUACAGUAUGGAUUCACGGAGACACUGAAGAAAAUAAAGAGAUAAUCUUGCAAGGACUUAAACAUUUAAACCGAGCUGUUCACGAAGACAUCGUGGCUGUGGAGCUUUUGCCCAAGAGCCAGUGGGUGGCGCCGUCCUCUGUGGUUUUACAUGAUGAAGGUCAGAAUGAAGAUGAUAUGGAGAAGGAAGAGGAGAGAGAGCGCAUGCUUAAGACUACCGUCAGUGAAAAAAUGUUAAAGCCUACAGGUAGAGUUGUAGGAAUAAUAAAAAGGAAUUGGAGACCGUAUUGUGGUAUGCUUUCCAAGUCUGACAUUAAGGAGUCAAGAAGACAUCUCUUUACCCCUGCUGAUAAGAGAAUCCCUCGCAUUCGGAUCGAAACCAGACAGGCAUCUACAUUGGAAGGACGAAGAAUUAUUGUUGCUAUUGAUGGGUGGCCUAGAAAUUCCAGAUAUCCAAAUGGACAUUUUGUAAAAAACUUAGGAGAUGUUGGCGAGAAAGAGACUGAAACAGAAGUUCUGCUGCUUGAGCAUGACGUGCCCCAUCAGCCCUUCUCCCAGGCUGUGCUCAGCUUCCUGCCCAAGAUGCCCUGGAGCAUCACUGACAAGGACAUGAGGCACCGGGAAGACCUGCGGCACCUGUGUGUGUGCAGCGUGGACCCCCCGGGCUGCACGGACAUCGACGACGCCCUGCACUGCCGAGAACUGGGAAAUGGAAACCUGGAGGUAGGGGUUCACAUUGCUGAUGUUAGCCAUUUUAUUAGACCAGGAAACGCAUUAGAUCAAGAAUCGGCCAGAAGAGGAACAACUGUAUACCUUUGUGAAAAGAGAAUUGACAUGGUUCCAGAGUUGCUUAGCUCUAACUUAUGUUCCCUAAGAUGUGACGUUGACAGGCUGGCGUUUUCCUGUAUCUGGGAAAUGAACCAUAAUGCCGAAAUCUUACGAACAAAGUUUACCAAAAGUGUCAUUAAUUCAAAGGCUUCUCUUACAUAUGCCGAGGCGCAGAUGAGAAUUGAUUCAGCAACCAUGAAUGAUGACAUUACCACUAGUCUUCGUGGACUAAACAAACUAGCUAAAAUCCUGAAAAGAAGAAGAAUCGAAAAUGGGGCUUUGACUCUUUCUUCUCCAGAAGUUCGAUUCCACAUGGACAGUGAAACUCACGAUCCUAUAGAUCUGCAGACCAAGGAGCUCAAAGAAACAAAUUCCAUGGUGGAAGAAUUUAUGUUACUUGCCAAUAUCUCUGUUGCAAAAAAAAUUCAUGAAGAAUUUUCUGAACAUGCUCUUCUUCGGAAACAUCCUGCUCCACCUCCAUCGAAUUAUGAAAUUCUUGUUAAGGCAGCUAAAUCCAAGAAUUUGGAAAUCAACACCGAUACAGCCAAAUCUUUGGCUGACUCUUUGGACCGGGCCGAGUCUUCGGUCUUCCCCUAUCUAAACACCCUGCUAAGAAUAUUGGCCACUCGCUGCAUGAUGCAAGCUGUGUAUUUCUGUUCUGGAAUGGAUAAUGAUUUUCAUCACUAUGGAUUAGCAUCUCCAAUAUAUACACAUUUCACUUCUCCUAUCCGAAGAUACGCAGACAUCAUUGUCCAUCGGCUGUUGGCCGUGGCUAUUGGAGCUGACUGUACUUACCCGGAGCUGACGGACAAACACAAGCUUGCAGAUAUCUGUAAAAAUCUGAAUUUCCGGCACAAAAUGGCUCAGUAUGCCCAGCGUGCAUCAGUGGCUUUUCAUACCCAGUUAUUUUUCAAAAGCAAAGGAAUAGUAAGUGAAGAAGCCUAUAUUCUGUUUGUAAGAAAGAAUGCCAUCGUGGUGUUAAUUCCAAAGUAUGGUUUAGAAGGUACAGUGUUUUUUGAAGAAAAGGAUAAACCAAAGCCACGGCUUGUUUAUGACGAUGAGAUACCUUCACUCAAAGUAGAAGAUACAGUGUUCCAUGUAUUUGAUAAAGUUAAAGUGAGAAUCAUGUUAGAUGCAUCAAAUCUUCAACAUCAGAAAAUCCGAAUGGCCCUGGUAGAACCUCAGAUACCAGGAGUCAGCGUUCCCAUGGAUAUUUCAAAUGUGGACUGUGAACCAGGGAGAAAGAAGAGGAAGCUUGAAAAAUAGCUACAUUCAAGAAAAACACUGAUUUUCUUUUAAAAAAAGGAAAAAAAAAAAGUUGAGAGAACACUUCUAAGCCUAAGUGUGUGUGAUAAAGUAUUUUAAUUUUAGAAAUUUGCAUUUUUAUUGAACUGUUGACUGUCCUAUCAUACCACGUUGUUUCCAGACUGAACAGAGCUAUUUAUGCAGAAAAAUUCAAUUGACUAUGCAUCACUUAAAUAGUGACAGGAGAAGCAACGUCAGGGAUCUGUACAGAACAUUUAAAUGAAGUACUCAUCUGCUCAUUGAGGAACAGAUUAAUUUUGCAUUACUUUAAUAUUGGUUAGGGGGAAAAGUCCUUUCUUAACAGAGGAAAACAGCACUUUGAGAAGGAACAGUCUUUCUAAAUCUUGAAGCCACAGUGCUUGAUACGUCGUCUUUGCCAUCUUUAAUUUACCUUACCCUCUACUAUGUUAGCCUCCUGGUUUUGAAUGAAUCUUUAGGAGCUAGCAGGAAA